CGUUCUGUGUGCAUGUCUGAUAGGGAGCUGUUCACAAACUUUGAAAAGGUCCAUGGAGGAGACUAGAGACGGAGGCAUUGCUGAUGGGGAAGCUAUGGAGCCCGAGGCUCAGAAAGGGAGUGCAGAAAGCAGACCCCAGGCCAGGGAGAAAUGGGCCAACAAGACUGAGUUCCUGCUGUCCAUGGCUGGAGAGAUUAUCGGCCUGGGGAACGUGGUGCGCUUCCCUUACCUGUGCUACAAAAACGGAGGCGGUGUUUUCUUCAUUCCUUAUUUCAUCUUUCUCUUCUUUUGUGGAAUCCCAAUAUUCUUCCUUGAGACGGCGUUAGGUCAAUACACCAGUGAAGGGGGCAUCACUGCUUGGAGAAAAAUCUGCCCCAUGUUUGAAGGCGUAGGUGUUGCGUCCCAAGUUAUAGUGAUUUAUCUAAAUAUAUAUUACAUUGUGAUCCUGGCCUGGGCUUUGUUUUAUCUAUUCAACUGUUUCUGGAGUACUCUACCUUGGACUUCCUGUGACAACUAUUGGAACACAGUGUACUGCCAAAAUAUAAGUGCUGCAUACACAGGUGUGCACAGACCUGAUGCUGACUGGUCUUUCCUGUACAAUGAGACGUAUAGAUUUGGUGACAACAACAGCAUGAGUUUCCAAAAUGAAUCAGAAUGGCCUGCUUUUUCAGUGACCUCCUCCGAACAAGAGUACUGGUUCCGUCGUAUGUUGCGGGAGACAAACAGCGGUGGUCUGGGGAGUGUAAAUGCUGAUCUUUCUAUGUGUCUUCUGUUGGCUUGGGUCAUCUGUUAUUUCUGCAUCUUUAAAGGAGUGAAGACCACAGGCAAGGUUGUGUACUUCACUGCUACGUUCCCCUACUUAAUGCUGUUCAUCCUUUGCAUCAGAGGAGUGACUCUGCCAGGGGCUGCAACUGGGAUUUCAUAUUACCUGUAUCCUGACAUCAGUAAACUCUCCAGUCCUGAUGUAUGGUGUGAUGCAGGCACUCAGGUGUUUUUCUCAUAUGCCGUGUGUCAAGGAGUCCUCACAGCACUGGGCAGUUAUAACAAAUACAACAACGACUGCUACAAGGACUGUAUAGCACUCUGUUUUCUGAAUAGCGGCACUAGCAUCUUUGCUGGGUUUGUGGUCUUUUCUAUUCUGGGGUUCAUGGCCCAUCAGCUAGAUCUACCCAUGGAAGAGGUAGUAUCAUCAGGUGCUGGAUUAACUUUCAUAGCAUAUCCUCGAGCCCUCUCUCUGUUACCCGGACCUCAGUUCUGGUCUGUUCUUUUCUUUCUUAUGGUACUCCUGCUGGGCCUUGACAGCCAGUUUGUGUGUGUGGAGAGUUUAGCCACAGCUCUCAUAGACCUGUUUCCUGGAGUUCUAAGGAAGCGGCGAGAGCUUUUGGUGUUGGGAAUCGCCGUCAUCUGCUUCUUACUUGGACUGCCAUUCAUCACAAAGGGAGGAAUCCAUUUGUUCACUGUGAUGGACACCUACGGCCCGAGUGGAAUUAACUUGCUCUUUAUCGCCUGCUUUGAAACGAUUGUUGUCGCAUGGGUCUAUGGUGCAAACCGUUUCUACGACAACAUUGAAGAUAUGAUAGGAUACGCACCAUUCCCUGUGCUGAAGUACUGCUGGCUCUUCAUUACGCCUCUCAUCUGUGCCUCUACUCUGCUGUAUAGCCUGCUGGGUAUAUCUGUGUCUUCAGUUGAUCAAUUUGUGCCACACUGGAGUUACAAGUUUGCACCUCUACUCACAGUUAUUCCUAUGGUCUGCAUCCCAAUCUUCCUGGUCAUCUCUUUAAGAAGGGGUCAUGACAUCAUCACCCCCUCUACUGACCUGAAGCAGCUCCGACCAAACAGUCCACGCCUCACACUGUUUAACCGUGUAAUCAUUAAAGCACAGAGAUCUCGACACGUUCAGGAAGAUGGAGCAGAGAAAGCAAACACAGAACACACCAGUGAAGUUUGAGAAGGCAGAACAAGAUAGGACUUUAUAUAUUAUAAAAAGCCAUAACAUAUUAUUCAUAUUAAAUAAUAUUUUUGACUUGAAUAAAAUUAGUUAAUUUAAAUAUAAACUAUAAAUUAUUACCUGACAAAACAAUUGUAUUGCAGUGUAUUAGAUUUUCUAUAUGAAAUAUCACUUAGGAUGU